AACGGCUUUAUUGAGUGCUGGGAUAUACACCAUAUAUACUUCAGUCGCUUGUGGUUUUACUUAUUUACAAAUAUUCAAGCCAAACAUGAUCCUUCCAAAAGAAAUAUGGUAUCCCUUCCCUAUAACACCAUAUUACAACAAAAUUGUUGUUUUGAUGCAACAGUUUGCAUAUAUUUUUCAUAGCUCAGUAAUACAACUUGCAGAUAGUAUAUUUUUCAUGAUGCUGCAUAUUGCUAGAGCAAAAUUAGAAAUUCUUAAUGAUGAACUUAAACAAGUGGUUGAUGAAAAUCAACUGAAAAAGUGCAUUCAAGAUCACCAAGAAAUAAUAUGGUUCAUUGAGGAGAUAAAUAAAACUUCGGGUCUCAUUAUUUUAAAAACAGUCUUCGCUGCUGCUUUUUACCUCACUUUGGGUUACCUUCAACUUCUUCACAAACAUGAGACAAUUGACCCAGUCUUGGUUCAUCAGUUUCUUCUAAUGAUAGCAGUUGUCAACUAUAGAAUGUUUUUUGGUACUCUAUGUGCUGAUGCAAUUUACACCCUGGCUGAAGAUUUACGAUACUCAGUCCCGUGGGUAUCAAAAUCCUCAGGAGCAUCCAAAUCUAUGUAUAUAAUUAUUCAAAGAUGUCAGAAACCACUAAGAUUAUUUGUCACUGGAUUUGUACCUACAUAUUCGCUAGUUUACUAUGCCAGUUUUCUGUCCUCUACCUUCUCGUACUUCUUGUAUAUAAAGGCAAUAUUAAAAUUAUGAAACCAAAUUUGUCAAAUAAA